UGGGUUCGCGGUGAGCUGCAGUCCAGGGGUGAAGAUUGUUAUAUCUAGAAGCCGAUUUUAAAAGCAGUUUCUCUUCAAAUCAUCUUUAUACCACCUGAUAAGCAUUUUGAUUCACCAUGGCAUUGGCAGCAGUAAAAUGGGCAAUAUCAAGCAGAACUAUCUUGAAACAUUUAUUUCCAAUUCAAAACGGAGCCUUAUAUUGUAUUGAUCACAAAUCUACGUAUUCUUCUCUUCCAGACGAUUAUAAUUGCAAAGUAGAGCUUGCUCUGACAUCUGAGGCCAGGACAAUAGUUUGCUAUCACCCUUCUGUGGACAUUCCAUAUGAACACACAAAACCUAUCCCUCGGCCAGAUCCAGUGCACAACAAUGAAGAAACACAUGAUCUAGUACUGAAAACCAGAUUAGAAGAAAAAAGUGAACACUUAGAGCAAGGACCCAUGAUAGAACAACUCAGUAAAAUGUUCUUUACUACUAAGCACUGUUGGUAUCCUCGUGGACAGUAUCAUAGACGUCAUAGGAAACUGAAUCCUCCAAAAGACAGAUGAUAUUGAUGUUUUUAGGAAUCAAAGAGGAAUGUUACCCUGGAUCUCAUUUGCCUUUUGAGAAGAUACAAUUGGGUGUAUUCACUAAUAUGUUAUAUAGUAAAAUAAUAAUAAAACAUCUUUUCAUAUAAA